AUGGAUACUUUGAAAGAAACCCUAGACCAUGUAUUGAGCGCUGAUAUGCUUAGCCUGGGUCUAUCGGCCGGGAAGAAUGUGCAGUAUCAAAACGAACUCGCGAUCUUACAUGAGAAAUAUGGUGAUUUCAUCAGAACUGGACCGCGCGAGAUAUGUAUCAUUCGCAAAUCGGCAAUACCACUCCUCUUUUCGGCACAAACAAAGUGUCGUAAAUCGACCUUCUAUGCUCAAGCACAGAUAGAUGCUAAGUACUCUUCUGUUCAUCAUUCCCGUGAUAUCGAGGACCAUCGCAGACGGCGAAAGGCCUGGGAUCGAGGAUUCAGUUUAAAAGCCAUUGCAACAUAUGAGCCCAAAGUCGCCGAGCAGGUGAACCUUUUACUUUCACAGAUCGAUAAAAACCCAGACCAGGAAUUUGAUGUGACACGCUGGUCAAUGUUUCUCAGCUUCGACAUCAUGGGUGUCGUUGGCUUUGGAAAAGACUUUAACAACCUAAAAUCUGGAGUUGAGCAUCCAGGAAUCAAAGCAGUUCGCGACCAUAUGACUUUCAUCGGAGUUUUCUGUCAUGUCCCUUGGGUUCUCAAUCUUAUCACCAAUAUUCCAGGUGCUACUUAUUUGAUGGCUGAGUUCUACAAAUGGUGCGAAGAUGAAGUGGUUGAAAAGAACAAGAAUCUGGAUCUCACAAAGAACCCUCAAGAUAUCGUAUCGUGGCUUCUGAAAGCGUAUAUUGAAAAGGAUAUCUCAGCUCCUCCCUCAGCAAAUGCUCUUCACGAGGAUGCCCGAGCAGUCCUUAUCGCUGGCAGUGAAACAACUGCAACCGUACUAGCUUCGACGCUGUACUACCUGGCUAAGUAUCCGGGUGUAUUGGCCAAGUUACAGCGUCGGCUUGAUGAUGCCAUGCCCAAUGGUUCCUCUGAGUGGACUUAUGAGAAAGUCAAGCAAGUUACUUAUCUUGACGAUGUCAUUAAUGAAACGCUUCGACUCAGACCCGCCAUCAUGACACUUGGAUCUCGCGUUACGCCACCAGAAGGAUUACAGGUUGAUGAGGUUUACAUUCCCGGUGAUGUGAAUGUCUUCGUACCUCAGAAGUUACUCCAAACUGAUGAGAGGUACUAUGUCGAUGCUAAGGAAUUUGUUCCUGAGCGAUGGAGUGAGAAGAAAGAGAUGAGUCUUGAGGGAGCUCCUUUUUACCCAUUUUUGACUGGACCCUAUGUUUGUCCUGGAAAGAGUUUGGCAUAUUUGAGCCUUCGUACCUCGGUUUCGAAAUUGGCACAGCGAUAUGAUAUCAAGUUUGCACAAGGUGAAACCGGAUGGCUUUUUGAGAACAAGACUUUGGAUACAUUUACCACUGGGUUGCCACCAUUGAAUAUUGAGUUUGUACCACGGUGA